GUUUACAUCAACGGCAUGCUGCGAUAAGAGAAGAAAUGAUGUGGUAGGGAUCACAAUCAUUUUCUACUCCUUUGUGGCGUGGGACGAGAUUCGCAGCAAUUUUUGGAGACGCACGGUACUCUGCAGUGAUAUUAAUCAAAGAUAUAUAAAAAAUGAGUUACGACAAUGUGGUAUCUCGAUUGGGUGAUUUUGGACCUUACCAAAGAAAAAUAUAUUUUCUACUGUGUCUACCAGCUAUAUUAUGCGCCUUUCAAAAGAUGGGGAACGUUUUUUUGGUAGCUGAACCCAAUUACAGAUGCAGAUUACCGGGUGAGCUGGAAAAUGCUAGUUACCAUUUAAACGAUUCGACGUUGUCGACGUUUUAUCCGAAAGACAAGCGAGAUAAAUAUUCUUCGUGCGAUAGGAUUGUAGAUGGUAAAAUAGAAAAAUGUGACUCGUACAUUUUCGAUGACACGGUGUACGGGUAUACUUCUGUGAUAGAGUAUGAAUUAACAUGCUCCAAAGCGUACUUGAUAGCAACUUCCAACGCCAUUUUCAUGGUUGGAGUAAUGCUCGGGUCUAUAGGCUUUGGAGAAAUGUCGGACAGGUGCGGCCGCAAGAAGACAUUUUUCAUCUCCAUAGUACUGCUGCUGAUUUCGGGACUGGUCGCGGCCAUAGCUCCGGAACUAUGGUCGUUCACUUUUGCGAGAUUGAUGGUGGGAGCGUGCACGUCGGGCGUGUUCCUGGUCGCAUAUGUGAUAGGCUUGGAGAUGGUGGGACCUUCCAAGCGAUUCAUCGCCGGUACCGUGUGCCAAUUGUUUUUCUCUUUAGGUUAUAUGCUGGUGGCUGUGUUCGCUAUUUACAUUCACAAUUGGAGGUGGUUGCAGUUCGCGCUGACCAUACCGGGCGUUGUUUUUUUGUUUUAUUGGUGGCUUAUUCCAGAAUCGGCGAGAUGGCUGUUGACCAAAGACCGAAACGCAGAGGCCAAAAAGUUGAUUCAGACCGCCGCCAAAUACAACAAGGUGAUGAUCAGUGACGAAACGUUGGACGAACUCUUGGUCUCCGCCAAGCCGAAGGACAGCACAACGACGUCGAUAUUUCACGUGUUUAAGUAUCCCAAUAUGCGGAAGAAAACGCUGAUUAUAUUUUUCGAUUGGUUCGUCAACAACCUGACGUACUACGGCUUGUCUUGGAACAGUAACAACUUGGGAGGGGAUCCUUACUUGAAUUUCGUUAUUUUGGGAGCCGUUGAGAUACCGGGUUAUUCGAUAUUACUGCUGUUCCUCAACAGAUGGGGUAGAACGAAACUGAUGUGCUGCUGCAUGAUGAUAGCCGGGAUAGCGUUAUUGCUCACAAUCGCUGUACCUGCUAAUAAACAGUGGUUGACAAUAACGUUGGCGAUGAUAGGAAAAUUGUCGAUAACUGCCAGUUACGGGGCCGUUUAUAUACUGUCCACGGAACAAUUUCCCACCGUAGUACGAAACGCCGGGCUGGGCGCCGGAUCUACAAUGGCCCGAUUCGGGUCGAUACUAGCACCGUACAUUAAUGCGUUGUCGCAUGUAUGGGUGCCUCUACCGUUGUUAGUAUUUGGAUCUGCGUCUCUAGUGGGUGGUUUAAUGUCCUUAGUGUUACCAGAAACUUUAAAUAAGAAAUUACCAGAAACUAUGGAGGAGGGAGAGUUGUUUGGGAAGAAGAAAAGAAAAAAAGAGAUUGAAAUAGAUUUUGAAACUGUGAAUAAAGUACCAAAUGCAGCUGAAAAUGGCGGCGUUGAAGACAGGCUAGUGCAGAACGGAGUUUCCUAGUAUAUUAUUUAGUAUAUAUAUUUUUUUAUUCAGAAAUGUACCAAUAAGUUAUAAAUCAUUAUUAUCUAGCAGUUUUUUAUAUUAUAAAAUUUUAUUUGUCCAGACGUUUUCGUUGUAUUUUAUAUUAAUUCGAAUAAAAAUAUUUGUCUAUAA